AUGGCUAUAUCCGACUCUGAAAAUAAUGACAGUGAUUGUGAUUAUGAUGCUCAGUCGGGAAAUUUGGCAAAUCGAACCAUUGAAAAUCAAUUAGAAGAAUUUCGUUUAAAAUGGAAAAAAGAGAUACAACAACGAACAGUCUAUGGUUAUGUGCAAGAAGAUAAGGAAAAUGAUGUCCUCCAACACGAACCAAAAGAGAAACAAAAAGAAGAACAGGCAAGGCAUUUUUUUGAACGCGCCGUUGUCUUAGAACGUGAAGGAAAACUUUACGAUGCUAUUAAAUAUUAUCGUGCUGCUAUGCAAUUAGUGCCUGAUAUUGAAUUUCGUAUGGCUAGAAAACAUACUGGUGCUAGUGGACUUGGAAGUCAACAAAUAACAACGACAGAUCCGAAUUAUGAAGAAAAUUUAUGUGCUCAUGAUUUGGCUAUUCGUGAGAAAAGUGAGGAAUCCGAUGUAUUAGAAUCAUUACAACGUUUAAAUUUUACAGACGAUGCAACCAUAUGUUCGAAAAAUUUACCACAAAAGGGUACUCAUAUAUCAUCGUUACCAUCUGAAGUCGUUAUUUACAUUAUGAGAUGGGUAAUUUCAAAUGAAUUAGAUGUUCGAUCGUUAGAACAAUGUUCAAAAGUUUGUAAAGGAUUCUAUGUAUGUUCAAGAGAUCAAGAAUUAUGGAAAUUAAUUUGUUUGAAUACAUGGGGUUUACAUACUGGAAAUCCAAUAUCAUAUGGAAAUAAUUGGAGAAAUAUGUUUAUCAAUAGAGCUAGAGAAUCGUUAUUAUGUGUACUACUGGUGAUUAUAAUCGCUAAACGUAUCACUCAACGUACAACAUAUAUUGAUCAACGAAAUCGUCGACAACCCCAAAAAGAAGUUCAAUCAGAUGUUGAACAAAUUCUGCAUCUGGAAUUUGAAAUGUGCGAUGCUGGUAAGAAGAAACAUCAACAACUUCUAUGGACACACUAUGAUUUACGAUUUUCUAAUAAACGUCUCAACGAAGAUCGUGCAACAGAUUUAGUACUAGAUCGUCAUUCAUUUCCACCAUUAAUAUUUUCAAGAGUGAAAAGUUAUACGUCGCAAGCUGAACAACCGUUGAAAUAG